AUGCACUCGCUCCGGCGCCGCCGUCACGGUGAACACACCCCCGACAUCGGCAACCCGCGGCCGGAAAAGGUGGAGCCCGACUCGGAGGAUUGCGAAGCGGAUCAAGUGGAAUUCGAGGCUUAUAGAGAGCAUCAAACUUACGAAUCUUCGGUUGACUCACCCAUCAUGAACCUGCCAUCCUUCCUACCGCCCUUCGCGGGCACCGAGAUCCGGACCGUGGAGAUGCACACGGCCGGAGAGCCGGCGCGCAUCGUAUACGCCGGCUACCCAGACAUACCCGGCACCCUCCUCGAACAGCGUUCCCUCGCCCAAACCGACCACGACCACAUCCGCCGCAGCAUAAUCUAUGAACCGCGCGGCCACGCGGACAUGUACGGCGCCGUCCUCCGGCCCCACACAGAACUCGUCGACGCAGGCGAAGCGCACAUGGGCGCCUUAUUCCUCACGCACGAGGGGUACGGCGCGAUGUGCGGGCACGCCACCCUCGCGCUCGGCAGGUUUCUCGUCGACUGCGCGGACGAGACGGUCUUCCCGCGGCGGCGGGAGCUGGUUGUUGAUGAGGAGCGGCAAACGGUGGAGGUCAGGUUGCAUGCGCCCGUUGGGGUGGUGAGACUCACGGUUCCUGUUGUGAGGGUGGACGUGGAUGGCAGCACCGGGGACAUCUCGGGGUGGAAGACGGAUACGGGAAGGCGCAUUACGUUUCUUUCUGUGCCGACUUUCGCUACGGCUGUCGAUCUCUCUGUUCCGAUCCCGCGGGAUCUAGGGUGGCCGGAGCUAGGUGACGCCGCAACCGUGACGAUGGACGUUGCGUUUGGAGGUGCAUUCUAUGCCGUCGUCUCCACUGCGGCUCUGGGCUUUCCGUCGUCUCUUUCGAAGCCGGACGUCAGCGGCCUCAGUAACGCAACCAAGAAGCUCAAGCAAGCCUUCAACGCCUCAGCAGACCUCCGCGCCCGCCUUGAAGAUCCCGCAGACGACGAGACGGUCCCGGGCUCGCAGUAUCUCUACGGCAUCAUGGUCACCGACACAGGUAGUAACGACGUCCUCCCUACAGCACAAGGCUGCGCGGGCGCGGAGACGGGGCUGUAUUUCUUCGGCGACCAGCAAGUUGAUCGGAGUCCAACGGGUUCAGUCGUGCAGGCGCGUGUUGCGUUAGCUGCUGCGCGGGGCGAGAGGAAACUGGGCCAGUCGUGGACAUAUCACAGUCUUGUAUCGAGGGGUGUUGGCGGGGAUCGCGGGGCGUUUGUAGGGACGCCCGUGGAGGAGGUUGAGGUUGGUGGGAGGAGGGCUUGGAGGGUUGAGAUCCCAGAGGUUCGCUUCGAAGUGGACUAUCAAACCAUGACGACCUUUGAAGGCUUCUCCCCCUUCACAGUAACAACCCAAACCUCCCCCGACGUCGUAAUCCACGGCAUCAAAAGCGGCGACGCAACCACCUCCUCCCUCCCGCCCCUCCUCCUCCUCCACGGCUUCCCCCAAAGCCACCACAUCUGGCACAGCGUCGCAACCGCCGUCAAAGACCGCUACGCCGUCAUCGCAAUCGACAUCCGCGGCUACGGCAACAGCUCGAAACCAGAUGGCGUCCCCUCCUACGCCAAAUCCGCCAUGGCGCGGGACUGCAUCGCCGUCAUGGACUCCCUAGGCUACGACGAGGACACCUCCUUCUACGUCUGCGCCCACGACCGCGGCGCGAGGGUCGCGCACAAGUUGUGCGUAGACUUCCCCUCCCGCAUCCGCAGAGCAAUCUUCCUAGACAUCUGUCCCACGCUGGUGAUGUACGAGACCACGAACCUCGACUUCGCAAAGGCGUAUUUCCACUGGUUCUUCCUCAUCCAACCCUCGCCUCUACCCGAAACCCUCAUCAACGCCGCGCCGCGCAAGUUUCUCGAGCUCUUCAUGGGCGGACGCCAGCUCACGGGCCUGCAAAUCUUCAGAGAGGAGGACUUCGAGUUCUACGCGCAGGUCAUGGGCCAGCCGGAGGCCGUGGGCGCCAUGUGCAACGACUACCGCGCGAGCGCGACGUUGGAUCUCGAAGAGGCGGAGGCGGAUCUGAGGGAGGGGAGGGUGUUGCGGACGCCGCUUGUUGUGCUUUGGGGGAAGCACGGGGUGAUUGAGAAGUGUUUUGAUGCGGUGGGCGAGUGGAGGAAGGUUGCUGGGGAGGGGGUUGAGGUUCAGGGGAGGAGUGUGGAGAGUGGGCAUUAUAUCCCGGAGCAGGCGCCCGAGGAGGUUGUUAAGACGAUCAACGAGUUCUUUGUGUGA